CUCCAAUUGACACGUGUGCCACAACCAACACCAAACACUCCUUACCAUUUAUAUGUAUAAAUUGACGAUGAUUUUAAGUGUCUUGAUUCAUUUUAGAUCACUUCCUUCCAAUCUUAAUAAUCCAAUCAAAUUAAUUCUACUUGUGAGGCGGAAUGGGACUCCUUUACCUGAAAGGAAAAUUAGGUUCAUCAUCCAUGUUUUUAGGGAAGGUGGACUCAAACCAAAGGAAAGGUUCUUGUUUUAAAUUGUCUUCCCUUUGUAGUGGUUCAGUUCAUUAUCAAUUUUUGUAUAAAGACAAAGCCAUAGCAAGAUACAGAAGGGGUAGAAGUGUCAUUGUUGCUACUGGACCAGCCACAGAGGCUCAUGCUAUUGCCACUGAGCCAUUAACAAAAGAUGAUUUAAUUGAUUACAUGCUAUCUGGUUGCAAGCCAAAAGAGAAGUGGAGAAUAGGUACAGAGCAUGAGAAGUUUGGUUUUGAGUUUGAUAGUUUACGUCCAAUCAAAUACAACCAAAUAUCAGCUUUACUCAAUAGUAUUGCUGCGAGGUUUGAUUGGGAUAAAAUUAUGGAAGGUGACAACAUCAUAGGACUCAAAACCAAAAAUUUACCUCAGGGAAACCAAAGCAUAUCAUUGGAGCCUGGUGGUCAAAUUGAACUUAGUGGUGCACCUUUGAAAACAUUGCAUCAAACUUAUGAUGAGAUCAAUUCACACCUCUAUCAGGUUAAAACUGUUGCAGAGGAAAUGAGAAUUGGAUUUUUGGGACUAGGGUUUCAGCCUAAAUGGAGACUUGAUGACAUACCACAUGUGCCCAAGGUACGUUAUGACAUUAUGCAAAAUUACUUCAGAAAAUUUGGAUUACUUGGUGUCCAUUCAUUAUUAAUGACAUGCUCUGUUCAGGUCAAUUUGGAUUUCAGUUCUGAAGCAGACAUGAUCAAGAAAAUGCGUGCCAGUCUUGCAUUACAACCAUUAGCGACAGCCUUAUUUGCAAAUUCACCUUUCAAGCAAGGAGUUCCAAACGGUUAUGCCAGUUUUAGAAGUUAUUUGUCAAGUCAAUUUGACAAACAUCGCAGUGGAAUGCUCCCAUUUGUUUUUUGUGAAACUUUUGGAUUUGAGCAGUUUGUUGAUUAUGCACUUGAUGUACCGAUGAUAUUUGUUUAUCGAAAAAAUAAAUAUAUUGCCUGCACUGGCAUGUCAUUUCGGGACUUUAUGGCUGGUAAAGUGUCUGUCAUUAGAGGUCAAAUGCCAACACUAAGUGACUGGGAAAAUCACCUCACAACAAUAUUUCCUGAGGUGAGGCUAAAGAGAUACAUGGAAAUGAGAGGUGCUGAUGGGGGCUCUUUGAACAUGUUAUGUGCUUUGCCAGCUUUUUGGGUAGGUCUACUCUAUGAUGAAGUUUCAUUACAUAAUGUUCUAGAUAUGAUUGGUGAUUGGUCUACUGAAGAUAGACAAUAUUUAAGAAAUCAGGUUCCUUUUACCGGUUUAAGGACUCCAUUUCAAGGUAGAUUGCUGCAACAUGUUGCUGAAGAUGUGUUGAAGUGGGCAAAGGAUGGCUUGGACAGAAGAUGUUUAAACGAAUCCGUUUUUUUAGAUCCAUUGAUGGAAGUGGUUGAAACAGGUAUGACACCAGCUGACAAGCUUGUGGAGAUGUACUAUAGCAAAUGGGGAAACAAUAUAGAUCAUGUGUUCAGAGAGUGCUGCUACUGAACUGAAUUCAAUUGUCUUAUCUUUGUGAAGAAGAGAAAUGUAGAUUAAAAGUAAUAUCGAUUAUGUGAUGUAAUUAUGUGUGUGUUUACGGUGUUUAAAUAUGUCUGUUUAUAUUACAACAUUUGCUGAAACAUCUUGAAAACAUUUUAGUCUUAACUUUUACUUUAUGCUUAGCAUAUUUUUAAUCAUGCUAAGAAUUUGUGUAUAAGUUGGUUGGUGAUGUGGCAUGUGUAAUGGAGAGUCACUUAGGAUGCUUUUGUCUCACUUUGGCAUUGUAAUCACUUGGUGGAGUUUAGUUGGUUUUGUACUUUAAUGAAAGAUAUACCUUGCCUUAG